AUGAAUCACGGCAACAGCCUAGACGUCCAAGACCAACUGCCGGCUUGCUACAGAUGCCAUGCCUCCAAGGUCCGCUGUCAGAGGGCGCCCGGCCAGGUGCGGUGCCGGCGUUGCACCCGCGCAGCAUAUUCUGACUGCCAUCCGCGGCCCUCUCGCCGCGGACGUAUCGGCCAGCAGCAGACGCGAGGGCCGAGCGGGAUAUCAACGACACAAAAAGAGGUUGAAGAGGACAGCCUGCCCGCAGUGUCCAGCAACAUGCCUACUGAACCGGGCCACGAGCUGUAUGAGCAAAGGCAUGGCAUUGACGCCGACCCAUCCUACGCGCUCCUGGACCUUAUUGCGGGAUCCAUGGCCCCUGGCGGGGAUGACCUUUCCGAUUUGUUAUGGACCCCGCUUGCCCUUACAGGCCUCCACGCACAAAUGCUCUCACAGCAAGACGGCAUGUUGGAAUGCAUCCGCCAGUUCCUUGCGGCGCCGACAAGACACUCAUACGGCCGCCCACCCACCGCCACCGGCGAGCGCAGCAGGAGGACCAGCAUCAGCAGCGACACGGCGUCCGCCCCCAUCUCUGAAGGUCCCGUCGAAGCCGCCCUGCGUCUCGGACUCGCCCUCCGCUCCCUCCUCCGCCCCCACCAGACUUGCGAGCGCGACAUGCCUACCGCCCUCUUCCUCCUCAGCACCGUCCUCCGUCUGGCCUCACUGCUCCACGACCUCCUGGCCCGGCUGCAGGCUAUGCUCGCCCAGGUAACCAACAAGAACGCGCUGUGCGCGUUUGUCUUCCCGGCUGUCCGGCUCGGGUCACUGCUGCUUGAUGAGUGGGACGACGACCGUCUUAGGCCGCUGCAGAUGCACUCCAUUGCCAUGGCGCUGAGCACGACAGAGGGGUUGAUCGACGAGGUGAUUCAGCUCACGGAAAGAUCACUGCCUGAUCACAUCAACGAUGCGUCCGGGGCGGUGGAUGAUUGGGAAGGGAAUACGAAGGAUGAAUUUGGACUGCGGGCCUUGACGCGGGGGCUGGUGGCGAAGCAGGAGGCGGUGGUGGAGAGUAUUUCGGGACUGAGGGACAUGCUGUGUUUUGCUCAUGCAGGUCAGGAAUGUGUUUCAAUUUCACCAUGA